AUGCUGCAGAGUCGAGAGUUGGUGCUAGGUCGUACAGACGAUGAUGAAGACGAGGAUGGCUUCAACUCCGACGCCGAUGACGAAAGCUAUCAGCCGUCAGUGGACUCGGACGCGGAAGACGACGAGGGUGGCGGUGGCGGUGACGGGGAUGGUGAUGGCAGUGGUAGCGAAUACAAUGACGACGAUGAUGAGGAAGAGGAGGACUGGGAUGCCGAGGAGGAGUCUUCGGCCGAGGGCUCUCUCGACUCUGACGAGUCAGAGGGCAAGGACUGGGAGGAACUAGAGCGAGAGGCCAUCCGAGAGGAUAGAAAACGUGAACACGACGAUGCAAUGCGAGCGAAGAAGCGGCACCGAUCACCCAGCCCACGAUCCGCGAAGAAGGCGAAGCAUCAUCAUUAA